GUUCUUUAUUUGUGUGUGUGUGUGUUUCAUCAAUUGAUUCAUUUUGAUUGACAGAAAGAAAUGUUAACUUCGUGUGUGUGCCUUCAAAAACUUCAGGAUAAGUAUACAUCGUAUAUGUCUCGGUUUUAAUCGGUGGAGCGUUGAUACAGGUGCGCACGCGUUUAUAAGGAGAGGCGGGUGUCAUGGGUAUGAAGGAACGACGCAAGAUGCCCAACUAUCCGUUUUGGCUCGGAGGCGUCGCAGCGUCUAUGGCCGCAUGCUUCACGCAUCCCCUUGACCUCGCCAAAGUGCGCAUGCAGAGUGUUGGUCCCACUGCACCACGUCCAUCUAUGUUCAAAAUCUUGCGCAAUUCGAUAUCCGACUAUGGGAUUCGCAGUGUUUAUACUGGUCUUUCCGCCUCGCUUAUGCGCCAAAUGACCUACUCGCUCGUACGUCUAGGCAGCUACGAGGAAAUGAAACGCCGCAUGUCCGACAAUGGUCUUCAAUCCCCAUCCGCGGGGAAGCUUCUCCUGGCAGCUAGUGUAGCAGGCGGGUUGGGGGGAAUCGCGGGAAACCCUGCAGAUAUUCUACUGGUCCGGAUGACCAGUGACUCCGUUCGUCCGCCAGAGAAGCGCUACAAUUACCGCAACGCUAUCACUGGACUCAUUUCCUUAGUGAAGGAGGAUGGUGUGAAGGGUCUUGGACGUGGCCUCGGGACAAACGCGACCCGAGCAGUCUUGAUGAAUACAUCACAGGUUGGAUCCUAUGACUUUUUCAAAAGCACUCUCUUGCAAAACCCUGUACCCCUGGUAAACUAUCAAUUUCAUGAUAGUUUCUUCUUGCACGUAGUUGCAAGUCUUGCAGCCGGAACCUGUGGCACGACCGUAUGCUCUCCUGCUGAUGUCAUAAGGACGAGGAUCAUGGGAUCUUCCGGAAAGGCCAGCCCAAUAGAGGUCCUGGUCCGUUCGUUGCGGGAGGAAGGUCCCGCGUUUAUGUUCAAAGGUUGGACGCCCGCCUGGAUGCGUCUUGGACCUAACACCGUCCUGAUGUUCGUCUUCUUCGAGCAACUGAAGCGUGGCUGGUCCUCCUUUGCCACCUCGUGAUCUCCAUUCAUUUUCGCCACACAUUGUGAGGCAUGCAAUAACUUAUACCUUUAAGUUGUCGGAUUGACGCUUGUACGUUCGCAUAAAUGCCAUCGACGUAAGAUGAUAUCCUAAGCAUAGAAUCUUGGAUCCACAUCACUUUCACUUUCUCUGUACACUGCAUCUAUAUCAGUAUCUACUGAACUGGAUUUCUUAUCUACUCAUGUGCUCGUACUUACAAUAGCUAGCCUGGAAGAAUGGUAGAACCCUGGACCAUAUA